AUGAGCAAAUCGACGAAACCACGUUCUGAGAUGACCGAGGAAGAGUUGAGAGCAAAAGAACAGGAGGAAUUCACUGUGGGGCCUCUUUCUUUGCUCACUCAGUCCGUAAAGGCCAACACGCAAGUGCUGAUCAACUGCCGAAACAACAGGAAGCUUCUCGCCCGAGUCAAGGCUUUCGAUAGACACUGUAAUAUGGUGCUAGAGGACGUGAAAGAAAUGUGGAUGGAACUGCCGAAGACCGGUAAAGGCAAAAAGAAGGCGGAAACGACGGCCAAGGAUCGGUACAUUUCGAAAAUGUUUUUGCGUGGUGAUUCGGUAAUUAUUGUUGUAAAGAAUCCAUCGGGUUAUACGCAAAAAACAGUCACAACCACAACUAGCUGA